UGCAUCUCUUUCUCUUUCUUUCUGUGUUUUUUUGUUAGCUUUCAUCACUCUCUCUACCACUUUCUCUCACUACAUAGGAACACUCAAGUGAGCUUAAAGCUUUCGUAGAUCUGAAACCCACACAGCCCAAGAAGGUAAUCUUAGCUCCGAGGACGAUCAGGUUGACGCAGCCAGAAUUUUAUGUUUCACUUGAUUGGUCAAGUGAUCCUUCUUGCUGAUCAGUAAGUUUAAAUUGUGGUUUUGACGGGAAUGGCAGUGACAGAUGCCCACAAUCCUCUUAUUGGAGAAACCACUUGUGGUUCUUUACUCCAGAAACUGCAGGAAAUUUGGGAUGAAGUUGGAGAGAAUGACGAGGAACGUGACAAGAUGCUCCUUCAAUUAGAGCAAGAUUGCUUGGAUGUGUAUAAGAGGAAGGUUGAGCAGGCUGCAAAGUCAAGGGCACAGCUUCUUCAGGCAUUGUCUGAUGCCAAACUUGAACUUUCUAGUCUCUUAUCUGCUCUUGGAGAUAAGAGUUCUGUUGGAAUACCAGAUAAAAGUUCAGGAACAAUCAAGGAACAGCUUGCAGCUAUUGCACCAGCACUUGACCAGCUAUGGAAACAGAAAGAGGAGAGAGUGAAGGACUUUUCUGAUGUUCAAGCACAGAUCCAAAAGAUUUGUGGAGAAAUUGCUGGGAACCUGAACCUGAGUGACCAAGUAGGAACACCUUGUGUUGAUGAGUCUGACCUAACUCUGAAGAAGUUAGAUGAGUAUCAUGCUCAGCUUCAAGAACUUCAAAAGGAGAAGAGUGAUAGGUUGCAGAAGGUGCUUGAAUUUGUUAGCACUGUGCAUGAUUUGUGUGCUGUCCUUGGAAUGGACUUCUUCAGUACCGUGACUGAGGUUCAUCCAAGCUUAAAUGACUCAACUGGUGUUCAGUCCAAGAGCAUUAGUAACGAUACCCUAUCUAGGCUGGCUAAGACAGUCAUAGCACUAAAAGAAGAUAAGAAGCAGAGGCUUCAAAAGCUCCAAGAUCUAGCUUCUCAACUUAUUGAUUUAUGGAAUCUGAUGGAUACUCCUGAGGAGGAAAGGGAACUAUUUGACCAUGUUACCUGUAACAUAUCAGCAUCAGUUGAUGAGGUGACUGUUCCCGGGGCUCUUGCGUUGGAUUUGAUCGAGCAGGCUGAGGUGGAAGUGGAUAGGCUUGAUCAGCUCAAAUCGAGUAGGAUGAAGGAAAUUGCCUUUAAAAAGCAAUCAGAACUUGAAGAGAUAUUUGCCCGUGCACAUGUAGAAAUAGAUCCAGAAGCUGCUAGGGAAAAAAUAAUGGCAAUGAUUGAUUCUGGGGAUGUUGAGCCUGCUGAGUUGCUGGCUGACAUGGACAAUCAGAUAGGAAAAGCAAAAGACGAAUCUCUCAGUAGAAAGGACAUAUUGGACAAAGUUGAAAAAUGGAUGUCAGCCUGUGAGGAAGAAAGUUGGCUUGAAGACUACAAUCGGGAUGAGAACAGGUAUAACGCAAGUAGAGGUGCACACCUCAAUCUCAAGCGUGCAGAAAAAGCCCGGAUUCUGGUUAAUAAAAUUCCAGCUCUUGUUGAGACAUUGGUUGCCAAAACUCGUGCUUGGGAGGAGGAUCAUGGCAUUUCAUUUACUUAUGAUGGUGUUCCCCUCCUUGCUAUGCUAGAUGAAUACGCCAUGCUCAGGCAGGAAAGAGAAGAAGAGAAGAGGAGGAUGAGAGAUCAGAAGAAGUACCAAGACCUGCAGCAUUCAGAACAGGAAGCCAUAUUUGGUUCAAAGCCUAGUCCUGCUCGACCAGUUAGUGCAAAGAAGGUGGUAGGUCCACGUGCGAAUGGAGGUGCCAAUGGCACACCAAACAGAAGGCUAUCACUUAAUCAAAACGGAGCCAGGUCCACGACUAAAGAUGCAAAGAGAGAAAAUAGGCUUAGUGCUCCUGUGAACUAUGUGUCGAUGUCAAAAGAAGAUGCUGCCUCCCAUGUUUCAGGCACUGACCCUAUUCCGGCUUCUCCAUAAUAAUAAAAAGAGAGGGAGGGAGAUCUGUAGGUUUAUACCUCUGAUAUUACUACUGUUAUUAGUUACGUUUUUAGGGAUAUAUCCUAUGAAACAGUGAGAGAAGAGUUGAAGAGUGAGAUGUUAGCUGUGUAUGUUAUAUUGGCAUUUGAAGGCUUUUUACAACCCAUGUUUCCUUUUUGCCUUGUUCAAGUUUAAUCCUUUGUAGCAAUCCAGUCAUGGUGGUGCCUUGGUCUGUUCCAAUUUA